UGAUUAUCUUGAUAUCAUUUAUUAUCACCAUACAGAAAAUUUUAUCUAAUAUCAUAAAAUUAUUAUCGUUUAUCAUUUGAAAUCAUAAACGAUUAUUAAACAAUUAAGCUUAUUAACAUGGAUGUUUAUUCACAAUCUAAUAUCUUGGUUUCCUUUGGUUUUAUGUUCUUGACCAAUUAAUCAAUUAGAUGAUGAUAAUUAUAAGUGACCACAACCUUGACCAAAUUAAGCGUAUUAUUUUUCGUGCUUUAUUGAUUUUCUUUAUUCAAUUGGUCAAUUUUUGAUCGAUUCUCACCAAUUUCGGAUUUGGCGAUAAUUAAUUAUGUUAAUAGAUUGAAGGGAAACCCUGGUUACCUGUUACAAUGCGAUUAAACUAACUGAUUGUUUAGAAUUGAUUAGAUUAAGAGUGAUGACCAAAACAAAGAAUUGAGAUCAAAAGAAAUCAGGUUAACUCAUUUUUUGUUUUCUCUUUUCACCCUAGACCUUCAAUCUCACCUGAAGGUUGUCUAAUAAUCUCUGGUGAUAUUUUAUCAAAUGUUAACAUGAUUUCGUUACAAUUGGAACAUUAUUUCAUCUUUGAUUCUUGAACGAAAAGCUCAUUAAUUCUUGUCAACUGAAUUGAAGAUUUUGUGAUUUUUUUUCUCGUUUCAUUAAUCGUAUCAACGAAGCCCUCGAGGGAUUUGAUUACUCGGUCGUUUCAACAUGAAGAAUGUUUUGUUUUUCUGUUUUAUUUUAAUUGUUCACAUUUGCCUAAUUGGUUGUACAUCUUUACCAAUCAACAUGACAACCUUGCGACAAACUAGGAUCACAUCGUGGUUACAGCGUUGGAAUCUCAGUCGAUUUACUGAAAUGUUGCCUUCGUUUCCUGAUUUAAUGUCACUAAUUAGCUCAGUAAUUGGACCUAUUGGCCUGGCAACUUAUUCUCUUGAAACUAUUUUACCAGCAUUGGUUAAGCCAAGUUAUGAUUACAUUGUGAUCGGCGGAGGAACAGCGGGAUCAGUGUUGGCGAAUAGACUAUCUGAAGAUGGAAAAAAUCGUGUCUUAUUGAUCGAAGCGGGUUCCAAAGAGCCGGAUAUUAACUCAAUUCCAUUUGUUCAUCAGUUUCUUCGUAAAACAGAUACUGAUUGGUCAUAUCAGUCAACACCACAGGUUCGAUCUGGUUGGGGUUUAAAAGGUCAUAAAAUUCCAAUACCUCGAGGUAAAAUGAUCGGUGGAAGUUCAAGUCAAGGCUCUAUGAUCUAUUCGAGAGGUUCACCUAAAGAUUACGAUCGAUGGAAAUCAUUAGGUGUCAAUGGCUGGUCGUUCGCUGAUGUUUUCCCUUAUUUCAUAAAAGCCGAAGGAGCGACUUCGUUGUGGGACUUUGAACCUGGUUAUCAUGGACUAACAGGUCGAAGCAAAGUGACACAAUAUUCAACCCCAUUGACCGUUGAGACUUUUCUUGGUGCUAUUAGAGAGGCUGGUUGGACGAUCAAUGAUUAUAACGGCAAAAAUCAGACCACAUUCGCGUUCGCACAGUUUAAUAUCGAUGAGGGAAGUCGCAUCUCUGCGGGAAAAGCUUACCUGUCUGAUGCAUCUUCGAGGCCAAAUCUUGACAUUGUUCUUGAUUCUAAAGUUAUACGAAUUUUAUUUGACGAUAAAAAGACUGCAACUGGUGUUGAAUUUGUUUCUUCAAGGAUCAAUUACAUCGUCACGGCAACAAAAGAGGUCAUUUUAUCUGCUGGAGCAAUUAACUCACCGCAAAUUCUUAUGCUCUCCGGGAUCGGACCUAAAGAUCACCUUGAAUCUCAUGGAAUAAAAGUCUUGCACGAUUCUCCUGGUGUUGGAUUAAAUUUGCAAGAUCAUCCGAUGACCAUGAUUCCUUUUUUAACAGAAAAAGGUUCAAGUUUUGUUUACAAUCGAGUCUUUGAACUGUUCAACAGUUUGUACAGAUAUGUCACUGAACGGAAAGGUAUCAUCGCCAGUCCAGGUUCUAAUAUUGUUGGUUUUUAUCGAACCAAAUUUGCGGAUGAUCGGCCAGAUAUUCAGUUCCAAAUUGAGGGAACCGCAUUUGGAGCAGCACUUCCAACAUCCUUCUUAGGUUCAAUAUUCAAUUUUCGUCAAGAUCUCAUCGAUCGCUAUUUAGCACCGAACGGACGUUCUGAUGGCUUCUCUAUUUAUCCAAUUUUGCUUAAUCCAAAAAGCAAAGGAACCGUUAGACUGUCGUCAAAUAGUCCAAACGAUCCUCCGCUCAUUGAUUUUAAUCUUUUCGAGAAUGAAAGAGACAUCGAAAGGUUAGUCGAAGGAUGUAAACAGGCCAUUCGAAUUGGUUCAAUGCCUUCAUUGGUCAGAAUUAAUUCCCGUCGAUUUCCUGGUUCACCUGGACUAUGUGGACAAUAUGAACUCGUAACCGAUGAUUAUUUCAAAUGUUAUGUCCAAACGUUAACGGCGACAAAUAAUCAUCCCGUUGGUACAAUUAGAAUGGGAUCUCAAGAGGAUAAAAUGUCACCUUUGGACAAUAAAUUGAAAGUUAAAGGUGUUGAUAAACUGCGAGUUGUUGAUGCAUCGGUUUUACCUGAGAUUAUCUCAGGUAAUUUAAAUGCUCCCGUUAUGAUGAUUGCGGAGAAAGCAGCUGAUCUGAUUCUCGGUGUAACUAAAUUGAAACCAUCGUUACCACCAAUUCAAUUGUAAUUGAAAUCUCACAAUAACAAGUAAACUUUAUAAUAAUUAUCAUUAAGUUUCAUUUUCUGCUGUAAAUAAUUAAUAAAUACAAAUAUCUUUUCAAUUACACUAGAUUUGAGCUAAUUGUUGAUCAUCUUAGAGAUGGUAAUUAUUUCAAUACAUCUUGAAUCGCAGUAAUUAUAUGAUGAUGAUGAUGAUG